AUGACUAUUGUUGAAACACUGCUAAAACUUUGGCAUGGAUGGGAGAUACGAGUACUGGUUUUACUCAGCCUCUCAUUACAAGUAAUACUCGUUGCAUUUGGUUCCAAAAGAAAGAGUACGGCAAGUACAUGGGUCAAGGUCCUUGUUUGGUCUACAUACAUGUCAGCAGAUUGGGUGGCAACUGUUGCAUUGGGUGUUAUUGCCAGGUCCUUGGGAAAUAAUAUUCCGAUAAAGCACCCACUCCAGUCAUUUUGGGCUCUGUUCCUCCUCUUGCACCUUGGUGGCCCAGAUACUAUUACUGCUUACUCUCUAGAAGACAAUGAGUUAUGGCUAAGGAAUUAUCAAGUAUGGAGAAAGGACUUACGUGCUCAUGUCCUCAAGCACCAAGCUAGAACCUCCUUAUUCUCAGAAACAGCUUUAACUAAGGACAACGACGUUGAAAAUUCUGUAACAAGCCCAGUUGAUGGCACCUUCCUACUUCGAGUUGAUUUCUUUUUCAAGAGGCUGAAAGUCUUAUUUGCAGACUUUAUCCUUGAUCGAAAGCAGGGACACCUUUGCAACAAUAUGAUUCGCUGCUUGAAACCAGACGAGGCCUUUCAAUUGGUAGAAUUUGAGCUAGGACUUUUAUAUGAUUUGCUCUACACCAAAGCAACGCUAGUCCACUCAUGUUUUGGAAUCUUUCUCCGCUGCAUUACUUGUUUGGCCUCUGUUUCUGCAUUGGUUACCUUCUCAAUCAUCAUCGAUGAGCACAAACACUUUCCGGUCGACAUUUCCGUAACUUACUUCUUGCUAGUUGGAGCUGUUGUUCUUGAGGUUUAUGCGCUGUUCAUGCUUACUUGCUCUGACUGGACAAAGCUUUCGCUAGUUGGGCAAGAAACAUGUUUUUCUUUAAAACGAAUGACAAGGGAUAAGAGGUGGUCUAGAAGCAUAGCCAGGUACAACCUUAUGAAGUUUUGCCUCAAAAAGGAGGGAACCAAGUGCAUUAAAGUUGGACAGUUACUUGGAAUCUAUGAAAAAUUAGAGAAGCAUCGGAAUGUGGAGUGGCAGCAAGGGAUAGAUGACGAUCUAAAAUGCCUCAUCUUUGAUCAACUAGGUAAUAGACUUCAAAAACCUGAAGAUUUUUCUAAUGCUGAAUUAUGCAAGAAAGUAUUGAAUUAUAGAGGUGAAUGUGUGCUUGAUGAGCUUAAAUGGAGCACAACUGAUGUAGAAUUUGACGAAAGCAUUCUUCUUUGGCACAUUGCUACCCAACUCUGUUACCAUGAUGAUAAUCGGACUCAGGGUUUCAGUAGUCUCAAUGCAUGCAGCAAAAUCAGCAGAUGCCUAUCGGAGUACAUGCUUUACCUUGUUGUCAUGUGUCCAAAUAUGCUACCCAAAGGGUUUGGUUAUAUAAGGUACAAAAAAGCCUGUGAGGAGGUGAUCGAUUUUUUUGGAAGAAAGAGAGACAUGCAAAUGGAAGAAGCCUGCAAAGAGUUGCUUGAAAGGGGCACUAAUAUUUUGCAAGGAAACAACAUAAUGGAAAAAUUGAAUGUCGCUUGA